CAUUCAAUUCAGUUCAGUUUCGUUUGUGCGCGAGUGAACUUAUCUGCAGCUUGCUCAGUUAUCAUUUUUUUAAUGACAGAUUAUUCUGUUCAUUAAAUACAUAGAUAUCGAAUAAAGUGCUUCCUUCAAUUCGUAAUUAAUAGUUAUGUUCUGUUGACGAAAUUCGGCGCGAAUGGUGUACCUACUCGUAAUUGUUCGAUGUGACGUAUAAAUUACAGUUCUCCAUCGAAUUAUGCUGGACGAAAAUCCAAGUGUUUUAUCAUUUCUCAGGAGGAAAACUUUCUGGAAUUUUAUGCUUUAAAUUCGGUAAACUGAAAGACGAAAUAUGACGAAGAAAUUCGAAUUCAAUUGGCAUAUUCCAGUGCCCGAACCUUUAUUAAAAGGUUGCGUUUUUGACCGAUGGACCGAAGAAAAAGAUUCCAGCGAUUACGAGCAAAGUUGUUUGUUCAAAGUCGACGAACACGGAUUUUUCAUUUACUGGAAAAGCGAAGCUAGAGACGGCGACGUGAUCGAAUUAUGUCAAGUGAGCGAUGUCAGAGCCGGAGGCCUGCCCAAAGAUUACAGAUUACUACAAACGUUGGCUAACAAACAUGGAGAUAAUUUGGAUGAAAAAUCGUUGACUAUAUGCAGCGGUACCGAUUACAUUAACAUCAAUUACCAACAUAUAAUUUGUCCAGAUGCUGAAACCGCCAAGGUAUGGCUGAUUGGUUUGAGAAACAUUACUCACAAUGUAAAAGCUAAUAAUGUUUGCCCGUUGACCUGUUUGAAAAAACAUUGGAUGAGACUUGGCAUGCUGGUGGAAGUAAGCGGUAAAGUUCCAGUUAAAGUUAUAGCUCGUACUUUCGCAUCUGGUAAAACUGAAAAAAUGGUGUAUCAGUGUUUAUCCGAUUUAGGACUGCCGAGUGGAAAGAAUGAUCUGAUUGAACCAGCUGAUUUCACGUUCGAUAAGUUUUACGAAUUGUACCAUAAAAUAUGUCCCAGGAACGAUAUCGAAGAAUUGUUUCAAUUUAUAACACAAGGCAAAGCGGAUACCAUUAGCGUGGACCAAUUUAUAAAUUUUUUAAAUGAAAAACAACGAGAUCCAAGACUAAACGAAAUACUUUAUCCAUUAUACGACGAAAAACGAGCCAACGAGAUUAUCAACGAUUAUGAACCCAACGAGCAGCUACGUACUGAAAAAAAACUUUCAAAAGAAGGAUUAAUUCGUUAUCUGAUGUCGGAUGAAAACGCCCCUGUGUUUUUGGAUCGAUUAGACUUCUAUAUGGAUAUGGACCAGCCUUUAGCUCAUUACUAUAUUAAUUCUUCUCAUAAUACCUACCUAACGGGGAGGCAAUUUGGUGGCAAAUCUAGCGUCGAGAUGUAUCGACAAGUUCUUUUGGCCGGUUGCAGAUGUGUUGAAUUGGAUUGUUGGGAUGGUAAAGGCGAAGACGAAGAGCCUAUUAUUACUCACGGUAAAGCGAUGUGUACCGAUAUUCUGUUCAAGGAUGUCAUCUAUGCUUUGAGAGAUACCGCAUUUGUCACGUCCGAAUUCCCGAUAAUUUUAUCAUUCGAAAAUCAUUGCUGCAAAAGCCAACAAUACAAAUUGGCAAAAUAUUGCGACGAAAUUCUGGGAGAUUUAUUACUAAAGGAAGCAUUACCAGAUUAUCCGUUGGAGCCAGGAGCGCCGCUUCCUCCGCCGAGUGCGCUCAAGAGAAAGAUCAUGAUAAAGAACAAACGCUUGAAGUUGGAAGUAGAGAAGCAAGAGUUGGAAUUAUUCAGGCAGGGUCAGUUCGUCAUCGAAGAUGAAGAAAAAGAAGACGCCACCGCUCCAGCGUCUGCAAAUCCUCCGGAAGAGAAAAAGGUGGAAGUUGAAGGUGCUGUGGAGGAGAUACCGCCCGCCGCGAUACAAUAUUCUGGCUCAACGACCAAUGUUCAUCCAUGGUUGUCGUCCAUGGUGAACUACGCUCAACCAAUCAAGUUUCAAGGAUUCGACGUCGCUGAAAGCAAAAACCUCCACCAUAACAUGAGCUCGUUCGCGGAGACCGCUGGUCUAGGCUAUUUGAAAUCUCAAGCAAUCGAAUUCGUGAAUUAUAACAAACGACAAAUGAGUAGAAUUUAUCCAAAGGGUACCAGAGCUGAUUCGUCGAAUUACAUGCCUCAGGUGUUCUGGAAUGCAGGUUGUCAAAUGGUUUCGCUGAAUUUCCAAACCUCCGAUUUGCCAAUGCAAUUGAAUCAGGGAAAAUUCGAAUAUAAUGGAAAUUGUGGUUACUUGCUGAAACCAGAUUUCAUGCGUCGCUCUGAUAAACAAUUCGAUCCUUUUGCAGAAACACCGGUGGAUGGUGUGAUCGCUGCUCAGUGUACAGUUCAGGUUAUCGCUGGUCAGUUUUUAUCUGAUAAAAAAGUUGGAACAUACGUCGAAGUGGACAUGUAUGGUUUACCAACAGAUACCAUUCGAAAAGAAUUCCGUACCAGGCUCAUUCCAAGCAAUGGUCUGAAUCCGAUUUACAACGAAGAACCAUUUUUAUUCCGCAAAGUUGUGUUACCAGAUCUAGCUGUCCUUCGAAUCGGAGUUUAUGACGAAAAUAAUAAACUGCUUGGUCAACGUAUUCUUCCAUUGGAUGGAUUACAAGCUGGCUAUCGGCAUAUUUCGCUGCGAACUGAAGCUAAUUUCCCUAUGUCUUUGCCCAUGUUGUUCUGCAACAUCGAAUUGAAAAUCUAUGUGCCAGAUGGUUUUGAAGAUUUCAUGGCAGCCUUAUCAGAUCCUAGAGCAUUUUUAUCAGCUCAGGAGAAAAGAGCUCAGCAAAUGAAAGCAAUGGGAAUUGAGGAGACAGAUAUCAAGGAUGUACCAGGAGGAAGUUCAUCGUCAGCAGCUGGUCCCGGAGGCGUAGCUCCAGUGAAAAAAGGCAGUAAAACGAAAAAAGAAGAGGAGAAAAAAGAGGAAAUCUUCGAACCCAUCACUUUAGAAACCUUGAGAAAUGAGAAAAGCUUCCAAAAAACCAGUCGUAAACAGCAAAAGGAAUUAGAUUCGUUGCGUAAAAAGCACUUGAAAGAGAAAGUCGUUGUUCAAAAGCAGCAAUGCACUACCAUUGAUAAGGCAAUCAAGGGUAAAAGCAAAGCGGAUCUAAUCAAUGACGCUUCGAUAAAGAAGAUGAUCGCUGAUCAAGUAAUGCAGUGGUCUGAGAUGAUCGAUCGACAUAGAAAAGAGGAAUGGGAAUUGUUGAAAAAUCAAGUGACUGAGCAACGAGAAGCAUUGGACAAGGUCAUCGAAUUAGUUCAAAGCAAUCAAUUCAAACAGUUGGAGGCAAAAUAUGAAAGAGAUUUAAAGCAAAUGAACACCAGACAAGCUAAAAUAUCUGUUGAAACGAUGAAAGAAGUACAAAAUGACAAGAAUCUGAAGACAAAAGGUGACAAAGACCGAAGAUUGAGAGAAAAGAAACAAAAUAACACGAAAAAAUUCAUGGAAGAGAGAAAAACCUUACAGUUCAAGCAUGGCAGAGAGAAAGAAAAACUGGCAGCCAAGCAUGAGAAACAAAAGCAAGAUAUUAACAAAGAAGUAAACGAUUUGCUGGAAAUGUACAAGAAUGAAGAAAUUGAGUACGAACUUACAUCAAAAACUGAAUUCUUCGCUUAAACUCGGUUUCUGUGUUUCUGCUGCGCACUCAAUCUAUCACACAAAAAGUCUCUUGCUUCAUUAAGGGGUUACUUUAUUUCUCCUUUUCAUGACUACAUACGUAUGUAUCUAGGUAAUACCAAGUUACAAAUUUGUUUUUUGCAAUUAUGUAUUCAAGUUGCAAAUUGUUAUACAUAUUAUUUUCUCGUUUCCAAGUUGAAAGUAUCCUUCCAACUGAAUCUAGUCACUUUAUUCUGGUCCUCCAGACUACCCUACCUAUUGAAUAAUUUUCUCCCAUUCCUUUGUUUUCUCAAAUUUACCUACCUAAUUUGUUAAUAUUUAUGUAUACCUAUUACUACAUAUAAACGACGCUCAAUUAGCGUUUAUUUUCUUGUUUUAUCCUUCUCAUCUAGAAUCAUGAGUUAUCCUUCUUAUUAUUAUUUCAUCCUAUCGUUAGUUUAUCGUUGUACCUACCUAUACUUGGUUUUUGUUUUAUUAUUCGUAAUCAUUUUAUUGUUUUUAUUUCAUUACGAAUAAAUUGUAUUUUCUAGAAA